CAUGCGCUCGGGGCGGGCUCCGGGCUAUAAAGGGCGGCGGGGAGGAGCGGGGCGAGCCCGGAGCCGAACCGAGCGGAGCAGAACCGAGCCCAGCUGCACGCGUCCCACCAUGGCCACCAGCGAGCCCUCACCGGCGCAGCCCAAGGCGGAGGAGCAGCAGAGCCUCGGGACACGUGUGGCCAACCUGCCCCUGGUGAGCUCUGCCUACGACAUGGUGUCCUCUGCCUACGCCUGCACCAAGGAGAGCCACCCGUGCGUGCGCUCCGUGUGCGACGCCGCCGAGAAAGGGGUGAAGACGCUGACGGCGGCGGCCGUGAGCGGGGCCCAGCCCCUCCUCACCCGCCUGGAGCCCCAGAUUUCCACCGCCAGUGGAUUGGCCUGCAAAGGGCUGGACAAGCUGGAGGAGAAGCUGCCCAUCCUGCAGCAGUCCCCCCAGCAGAUCAUCUCGGACACCAAACUGCUGGUGACCUCCACGGUGACAGGGGCCAGGGACGCAGUGUCCAGCACCGUGGCCGGGGCCAGGGAUGCGGUGACCAGCCGAGUGACCGGGGUGAUGGACAUGACCAAAGGGGCCGUGCAGGGCGGCGUGGAGCUGACCAGGUCUGCGGUCAGCAGCGGCGUCAGCUCCGUGAGCCAGAUCGUGGCCAGCGGGGUGGGCUCCGUGCUGGGCAAGUCGGAGGAGCUGGUGGACCAUUACCUGCCCAUGACGGAUGAGGAGCUGGCCAAGCUGGCCACGGCCGUGGAGGGCUUCGAGCCGGAGCAGCAGAGGCAGCAGCAGAGCUACUUCGUGCGCCUGGGCUCCCUCUCCUCCAAGGUGCAGCACCGAGCGCUGCAGCACUCCCUGGGCAAGCUGCAGAGCGCCCGCCAGAGCACCCAGGACCUGCUGGCCCAGCUCCAGCGCACCCUCGACCUGGUGGAGAACCUGAAGCAGGGCGUGGACCAGAAGCUGCAGGGAGGGCAGGAGAAGCUGCAGCAGCUGUGGCUGGAGUGGAGCAAGAAGCAGCCGGGCGGUGGCAAGGAGCAGCUGCCACCGGAGGCGGUGGAGUCGGGCACGCUGACCAUGCUGCAGGGCCUGAGCCAGCAGCUGCAGAGCUCCUGCCAGCCCUUGGUGUCCGGCCUGCAGGGCCUCCCCGCCAGCAUCCAGGACACGGCGGGGCAGGUCCAGCACAACGUGCAGGAGCUGCGGGCGGCGCUGGCCUCGCUCAGCUCCCUGCAGGACGUGACGGGCCCGGUGCUGGCGCGGGCCCGCAGCCACGCCACCACGGCCCGGCAGCUGCUGGACGAGCUGGUGGAGCGAGUGGCCUCCAGCCCCCCCCUGACGUGGCUGGUGGGACCCUUCGCCCCCUCGAAGGUGGAGCUGGAGUAGCAAUUCCGGGCUGCUUCUCCCCAAAAUCGCCUCGUUAGGAGCCUUUGCUGAACCCCCCCUGCCCCACACCUCGUGCCUGCCUCUGCGGGGACCCCCCUGCCUGCCCCAGCUCUGUCCCUUGUCCCCUUGCUGGGGACCUGCAGUUUCGUGCCUUGGCUGCCCCAAGUGCCUCUCGGGGGUCCCCCCUGUCCUCAGUGCCUUCACACCCCCGGCCUUUCACAAAAAACAAUAAAUUCCCAUUAGUUUUGCA